AUGGAGAAGAGGCUUCGCUCGUCACUCAAGUCAUCGGCCGACGAAUUCCUCUCGUCGGCGGCCAAAUUAGGGUUCCGAUCUGUUAAACCGUCUUUGAAGACACUAAUUUACUCUCUUAGGCCUUCAUCUGAUGUCGUUUCUUCACUCCCCCUUUCCCUCCACAAUUCCAUUUCUCAAUCCAUCACUCGGUUUCAAGAUCUGUCGGGAUCCGGUACCACCGCUGCCUCGAAUUCAUCUUUGACGCCGCCAACUAAGCGUGUUCGUAAAUCGUCACGACGGCCGGAAAGCAACAAAAACGACGACAAAGACGACGUCUCAGUCAAUCUUCAGAUUUAUGCUUACGCAGCUUACCUGUGUGUUACGCACCCGGAAAAUGUGUUUUCUGCGUCUGAUUUGUUACCGGCGGUUCAGGAAUUGCAUGAUAAUUUAGUUGUUUUCGAACUAGAAUCCAACUUACUGUCGGACAUUGCAAAUUUAUGCGAGGAGUGGUGGAAAAGAGAGUUGCCAGGUAGGGAAGGUUUAAUUACGCAGUCGUUACCGUUCUUAUUGUCAAAAUCAUUAACUCUGAAGAAGAAAGUGGAUGUUCAUAAAAUAAAUGCUCUUCGUGACGCAUUCGCGUUGUUUGAUUUUGAGGAUGAGAGCAUAGAGGACUUGAAAUUAUUGCUCAUCAGGUGCUUGAUAUCCCCACUGUAUUUGAAAAUGGAUGAGGGGCGUCGCUUUUUAGCCUUCUUAUUUGGGUUAUCUAGACAGCUAGUGAAGGAAUCAUUGGCAAUGAUUCGAUCUCAGAUACCUUUUGGGCGGAAGUCGAUGUUGGAGGCAUAUGCCGACAUUGUUUUUCGUGCUUGGAAGGCUGCGGAAGGGGAGUCAAGAGAGGAGAUUGAAAACGAGUUUUUGCAAGCAUUGAUUGAUAGCUCAAUUCAUGCUAGUAGUGGCUCUUUUGCUGCUUCUAUCAGGAGGAUUUUAGGAGGUUUUAUCAGCCAGCGAACUACUGAUGGUGUGGAGAAGCUCAUUUUCAAUCUUGCUGAGCCUGUUAUUUUCCGAUCAUUGCAGGCUGCCAACUCAAACGUUCGUCAAAAUGCACUGCACUUACUGAUAGAUGUUUUUCCUCUUGAAGAUCCUGAUGCCACAAGGGAAGUUAAAGAUAUAUUGCUUCAUAAACAAUUCUUCCUAAUAGAGAAAUUACUAAUGGAUGCAUGUCCGGAUAUAAGAGCUGUGGCGGUCGAAGGUUCUUGUCGCAUUCUUCAUAUGUUUUGGGAGAUAAUUCCUUCUUCAACCAUCACCAAACUAAUCACCAAAAUAUUAGAUGAUAUGGCCCAUGAUGUGUGCAAUGUGGUCAGGCUUUCAACAGUAAAUGGUAUCAUCUAUUUGCUUGGUAACCCUCACUCCCAUGAAAUCCUCAAAGUGACUCUCCCAAGGUUAGGACAUUUGAUUAUGGAUUCGGCCCUUUCAAUACGCUGUGCCACUAUAGAUCUCCUUCUCCUUUUAAAGGGUAUUCAUAAUUUUCAGUUUCACAAGGUGGUGCAUCUAGAUGUUCUGUUAUCAACACUUGCAAAUGAUCAAGCAGUUGUAGGGCAAAAAAUCACUAAGCUUCUCCUACCUUCUUAUUUUCCCACAACGGUAACUCCAGAAGAAGCAUGUCAACGCUGUGUGACACUUAUAAGAAGGUCCCCGCUUGCUGGUGCAAGGUUUUGUGAAUUUGCUUUGAGUGAAGGGGCAUCCCCACAGUUACUCAGUAGACUUUUCAAAGUUCUCAUCACUUUGGUCCUCUCACGUGCCAAUAUGGGUGCAGAUCAGAUUGAUGGCAUACUUAUGGCUGCUGCCAACAUUUGCAACAAUCUAGCCACCAAAGACAUUUACAAAACUUCCUUUAAGGAUGAGUUGACCGCUAAAAAGCUUAUGUGCUUGUUUACUGCUGCAAAUACUGGUCAUGCUCAAGCAUCUGUGUGCAACAUUGUUUCAACUGUCGUUCCUGAAGCUGCUGAUGUUCUUCGCCAAGAAUGCAUGGCACUGGUCACAAGAUGUAUUGGUUUAUCUGAUAAUAAGGAAAGACAAGCACAAGUGAGAAUGGUUCAUAAAAUGAUGUUGUCCUGUGGUUGGAUUGACUAUAUGCUUGAAGCUUUUACAGCGCUUUUGGUAAAAGCUGCCAAUGGAUGUGUUGGUAAAGAUGACACAGAAAGAACAAGAUGUAACUCUCUCUCAGGAAAGAAGAGAAAAGGUAAACAAGGUACUAAAGUUUCAGCAAAAUGUAAGCGUAUCAGUGGGAAGAAGCGUUCUGAUAUCGCUAAAAGUAGCUUUUAUGAGGAUUACACAGUUUCUGUUGGUAUAGCUUGGCAGUUAAAGGAUUUGCUCACAUACAGCAACACUCGGAAAGCGGUGUUAGGCUCUAGAAGCAUUGAAUCUGUAUACCAUGCUUUAGAGGUCAUCUCUGAGUUCAGCAUUAUGAUGUGCCUGCAGCAUGAUUACAUAAACCCUGCUCCUGUGCUGGCAUACACAUCUCUUAGUCUUCACAUGUCUGUUGAGAAUUUAAAAUUAAAUGAUAGCAAUAACCAUGGUUCAAAGGUCACAGAUUCCGCUGGUUCAACAAGCUUAGCUUCUGAGGUAAGUAAUCACUGCACUGAUUUCUACAAGUUCAAUUUGAUUUUUUUCAUCGAUAAGUUUCAGUUGCAGCAAACUUUGUUGGAGCGGACAAUUGAGCAUCUAGUCCAUUGUACAGAUAAGGUGUACAAAAGUGCUCGUAGAAAGUCAUGCAAGGUGCCACCAUCUUUUAUUCAUACCGCAAAGAAGCACAGUGAACCGCAUCAGGAUUACCUUAAUCACAAGGAUAACGGAUCACCUUUUUCGGAACAAAAGAGGAUAUCGAACCUGGUAAAACUGUCAACAUCGAUACUCAAGUCUAUUAUCGAUUCAAGUACAGUGGAUUGUACCAACAAGCACCAAGAAAGAUGUUUGAGUUUUACAAGACAAUACGUAGAGUUUGUAGUCACUAACUUAAGGCAGCAUUCACAUGGCCAGCUCGAGUUUAACGUGGAUGACUUAAAAGAAACAUUUUUGUGUCUUAAAAGCUCGUUCACAUACGCAGCCAAGUUACUAAAUCUAGUCCUCACAAGUUCUACAGAAGCUUCCUCACCUUCAAUAGAAGUCCACAAUCUCGCUAACGAUCUGUUUGAUCUCAUUAUCUCAGUCGAAGAACAUCUUGGAUCUCGAUAUGGAUCACUUCUAUUUUCUUCGGUAAAACUAUGGCUUCCGGAUUUGAUUCUUGCAUUAGGAUCCUUGCAAAUACAGAAACCGUCAUCAUCAUCAUCAAGUGCAUUUACUCAAAGCAAGUUUGGUUUUCCUUCAUGGAUCGUAAUCUUGGCUAAGAUUGAGAUUUUCGACAACCAGGAGGAUGAUUCAGAAGAUGAAAAGGUUAUUUUAGCUUCGAAAUUUUCUUUGUUUAGAAAAAGUGUGGAAGCUAUGGUUCAACUGCUGAGAGCGAACCAUAGCGUGCUAGAUGCAGUUGGGGAGUUUCUAUUGGCGGGUUCGGUGGUUGGUCUGAACAAGAAAGACUUUGAAUUGGUAUACGGGAUCCUACAUUUUGUGUGCAUGAAGCUAGUGAAACAUGAAAACGGGGAGUGGAUGGGAAGGAAACUGAUGUUGGAAUCUCUCCAACAGAUGUACCCUCAAAUGGAGAGGAUGGGCAAGGAGCUUAGAAACGGACACGAAAAAGAGCAGUUGGAAAAAGCGAUAGAACUGGUUGAACCUAUUUGGAGAUGUUACGGUGAUAAAACGUCCAAGGACCCGAUGGAAACCGGUUCCGGUGAUUCUUGA